AUGAAGAUUCAGUGGGCUUUACUUCUAUUGAUCGCUACGGUGACGAACAUAGUGUUUGCUGAGGCAUUACGAUUCGCAUGGACCACACAGUCUUCUACCUCUCAGACAACAGGAGACACCAUUAUGACCAAUAAUGCAACCGUGCAUCCUGUAUUUACUGGAGUGGCGGGUAACUUUCGGUGCAUCAAAGGGCUGGGCUGCCAUGGCCGACCGGCUGGUGUGAACGCGUAA